AUGUUUGAACCCCAAAUAAAAUUGUUACACGGUCGCACAGAUAAUGAGAUAAAAAAUUACUGGAAUACCCGUAUUAAGAGAUGCCAACGUGUUGGGUUACCUCUGUAUCCUCCUGAAGUGUGCCUGCAAGCACUGCAUGAGAACCACAGUACCAGUGAAGCUAAUAGAUUGGAUAAAGGACCUCAUGAUAUUGUGCAGAAUAAUAGCUAUGAGAUACAUGAUGUCAUAUUUGACAGUUUAAAGGCCAAUCAAAAUGUGAUGCCUUAUGUUAUUGAGCUUCCUGUUAUAUCUGCUAGCAGUAUGCCGAUGAAAGGUACUUUCCACUGGAGUGGCCGUAUUGAAUCAUCACCGCCGUCGACAUUGGAGUUCCAUUGGGAAAAAGAACACAUAUUUCACGUUAUUGCGAAAGUUUACGACGAUAACAAAUGCCCCAGUCGCAAAUUCUACAAUACCUUUGAAAACGAUGAUGAUUUAACUCCACCUCCAGUGCCUCCCAACACGGUAAAGAAAAAACGACGAUGCAAAAAAAGGAAAACGACGCUGAAAAACCAGAUGAGCACCACGUCGGUCAAGAGCGGAUUCUUUACCAGAGGAAGCUUUGAAGACUAUGGUAUUAACGACAGAGAAACAGAAACCCUUGUUUCAUCUUCGAGGACCUUCUCCACUGAUUCCCCCUUAGAGAUGUUCAACACCGACUUAAAAAUUAUACCAGAAACAAAGCCUACGAGGCAAAGCAAGAAGAAACCAAAGAAAAUUAAGAAGAUACCGUGCACGGUGAAUGACAGAGUGAGGGAGAGUUUUGUGGUGGUGAAGAAAUGUGAGUUUUGUGGUGGUAAAUCUCCAACUUUUCUCAGGUAA